AUGGGGGAUAGGGUUGAAGCGAAGGGUGCUACAGGUGCUAGCAAAGACGACGACAGCGUGUCCGCACCGCCCGUCCCCUUUUCGACAUGCUGCCUCAAUGCUUGCGGAACUCAAGACUUUCUGGAUGCAGCAGGAGACUGGAGAGGAUUCUCAGAGAUGAUUCAGAAGAUGCAGGUUUAG